AAAAAUUAAUUCGAACUCUCAAUCCAGAGAGAGAGAGAGAGGUUCAGUCCGCCGUGGAUUUGCUCUGCUAUUCUUUUUGUCCUUAUUAUCUCGAAUGAGCUCCACCAGACCGCCACCGCCGGUUUUCAAUUUCUUUUUCUUCUUUUUUUUUUUAAUUAAAUAUAAUUUUGGAAAUCCAUUCGCCUGUACCUACCUGCAAUGAACGUUGCUUUCUAUGUUUGCUGGAAAAUAAUUAAUAGAUUUCGCAGCUCUCUUCAUCUCCCUCCCUGACCUCUCUUUGUGACCUGCAUUGUCCAUACCUAGCCCUUCCACGACGCCGUUGGACAUCUUCUCUUUCGCUUUCUUCAAAUUUCUCUCCCUCUUGUGACCUUGCUCUCUACAAUCUCUUUUUUGCAGAAUGGAAGGUACUGAAAUGCCGAGUCAAGAUCAAGACUUGGCCGGUGGCUCUGAUGUCAACCUUGUUGAUGCCAGUGUUCAGGAGGAAGUAUCAACUGACCAGCCGAAGAAUCAAAAAAUAAAUGAAAAUGGGAAAAAAUCUGCUGAAGUUAAGAUUGACACAUUGCCGAGUGAUGUUCCUAUGGGUGAGAAUGAAGUUGUACCUGAUAACAAAACUACUCUUGAUGCCAAUGUCAAUGAUUCUGUUAGUACUAAAGUGCCUGAAAAUAAAAUCGAUGGUGAUACUACCCAUUUUCAUAACCAGCUAGAAAAUGUUACUCCCCCUCCUCAGGGGAAGCAUUCAACUCCCAGAUCAAGGCAUGAGAGUGUUUCAAAGUCCAAGAGUGUGUGGACUGAUGUUGAGAUGGGGGAGGCUGAUGAAUCAGGCACCCCAGAGGAGAGAGCAGCAUUCAUGAGGGAGCUGGAAACUUUUUACAGGGAACAUGCCCUGGAAUUCAAGCCCCCUAAAUUUUAUGGAGAGCCAUUAAACUGUUUGAAGUUAUUUAGAGCUGUUAUCAGACUUGGUGGCUAUGAAGUGGUCACUGCUUCCAAGUUGUGGCGGCAAGUAGGCGAGUCUUUCCAUCCUCCUAAGACCUGCACAACAGUUUCUUGGACAUUCCGAAUUUUCUACGAGAAGGCACUUUUGGAAUAUGAAAAGCAUAAGACCCAAAAUGGUGAGCUUCAGCUUCCUGGUUCACCCCUGCAUCAGCCUUCUGUUGUAGAGAAGGAGGUAAGUGGCUACCAAGCACCAGGAUCUGGUAGGGCAAGAAGGGAUGCUGCAGCUCGUGCUAUGCAGGGUUGGCAUGCCCAUCGUCUUCUUGGAUAUGGCGAGGUUAGCGAGCCAAUCAUUAAGGACAAGAACCUGAAUUCUGCACCAAGGCGUGAAAAACCCCUAAAAAGCAUUGGUAUGCAUAAACAGAAGACUAACCUGGAGCAUCCCGAAAAAAUUGCAAGUAUCGAAACAGAUAAAGAACUGGAAAUGGAAAUUGUUGAUGUUGGACCCUCUGCUGAUUGGGUGAAGAUCAACGUUCGGGAAUCUAAAGAUUGCUUUGAGGUGUAUGCUUUAGUCCCUGGGCUUUUGCGAGAGGAGGUGCGAGUUCAAUCAGAUCCUGCUGGACGCCUGGUUAUAACAGGUCAGCCUGAGCAGCUUGACAAUCCUUGGGGUAUAACACCCUUCAAGAAGGUCAUAAGCUUACCUUCAAGAAUAGAUCCUCUUCAAACGUCUGCUGUUGUUAGCCUUCAUGGCCGACUCUAUGUUCGUGUCCCUUUCGAGCGAGGAUCAGCAUGAGUUUCACUUUUCUGUGAGCUUGAUAAACAGCUUCAUGGGUAAAUUUUAUAUCCUUGGGAGAAACGGCAUGAAGGUCAAAGUUGCAACGAGGGCAUUGUCAAGACAAUUGUUUCUUAUUUAAAUAGUUCGAACCAUCAGACUUUGUAGAAGCAAUUCAUCUUAUGUGCAAUUUACAAAUUAGUUUCAGAAGAUCUGUUAAUUGUUGAAGUUGCAGCAUGUGUCAAUUUAUGAGGAAGUCACCCUCUGGAUUUUGCCUGGA